CACGACUCGACGCGUCUAAGACAGUCCCCACGCGCCAUCCAGGUCACGCGUCUCGUGGCAGGCUGUGGCUGCAAAUAAGAAAGCGCAGACCCCCGAAUACGCUGAUACUGUCCAUCUCCUCGAUCAAAAUAAAGCUACACCAUGUCGAAGCUCUCCCUUGCCAUUAUCGCUGCGGGCGGUGCAGCAGCAGGCGCAGCAGCAACAGCAGCCUUCUACUCGACCAAGAAAGACAGCCUCCCGUCCACCCCCGCCGUGACCACCACCACAACCACCGUCACAGGCCCCGCGCGCUCCGCACCACUCCCCUCAGUCCCCGCCAUCCCCUCCCCCGCAGCCGCCGCCCGCCGCCCCCUCGUCGACCCCAACGGCCUCUUCCAGUACGGCUUCCCAGGCCCCGUCAACGACCUACGCCCCGCCGCCUCCCUCACAUCCUCCUACGACCGACGAACACGGAACCCGCACUGGGUCGCAGAGCACAUCACGCCCGAGUCCCUCGCAACCAGCAACGCAGACCGCAAGCACAGCGUCUUCGUCGAAGAUGUCGCCAUCCCGGAGAAGUUCCGCGCAAAGCUCAAAGACUACUUCCGCAGCGGGUAUGACCGUGGCCACCAGGUGCCGGCCGCCGACGCGAAGUGGAGCCAGGAAGCCAUGGACGAUACGUUUUCGCUGAGCAAUAUGUGUCCGCAGGUUGGCGACGGGUUUAAUCGCGACUACUGGGCGCAUUUCGAGGACUUUUGCCGCAGGCUCACGCACACAUAUCCGUCUGUCAGGGUCGUGACCGGCCCGUUGUACCUCCCCAAGCGCGAGGCUGACGGGAAGUGGAGGGUUAGUUAUGAGGUUAUCGGGCAGCCGCCGAAUGUCGCUGUGCCUACGCACUUCUUCAAGGUUAUUUUCGCUGAGGAUGGGAGAAUCGGUGGGAAGGUCGCGCUGGGCGCUUUUGUGCUGCCGAAUGCGCGUAUCGCGAGUGACAAGCCGCUGACGGACUUUGAGGUCCCCGUUGAAGCGGUCGAGAGGGCGAGCGGGCUGGAGUUUGCGACUAAGCUGGAUGUGUCGCGGCGGAAGCGGUUGUGUGAGGAGGUGAGCUGCUCGACCAUCGUCAGGGAGUACGCGCAGCGGCAGAAGACGUUUCCCAAGAAAUGAGCGCAACGCAGCGCAUCUACCCUGUUACGAUAUGUGUGAAAUGAGAGUUUGUACCGAAUAUAACAUGAUAUUGUACAGCGUUGGCUGCUGUUCGUACAGUAUAAUACAAUCAUGCCAUGCCACCUCUCAU